AUGCCAGCCAUGAGCGCUGUCUCAAUCAUCACUGUAACCACCAAUCUGUGCCUAAUUAUCCCCCAUUUUAACCCCAUCCGGUUGAUUUUCCGCACCCUGAGGACUAACAUUCCGAACCCCACCCACAACACCGCCGCACCCAGCAGCGACACUGCUGCGUUGAUGUACAGCAGAGGCCGCGUGGAGUUGAUCCCCUCCAUCCACCCGCUGAACUUCAGCGUCAGGAUGGCCACCAGUGCCGCGAAGGCCACCUCUAUGGACGCGUACAGCACCCUGAACAGGAGCUUCAACCUCCGGGCGGACAUCGUCUGCAUCGACAGCAACACCUCUCCCUCUUGGCCCGUCGCUCCUUGGGACUUCGACUGUGAGCCCUCCCCGUGCAACAAGCUCCCCUCCGCGCUUCUUGCGCUUGACACGCCUUCCUCGAGACCAUCUGUUGCGCUGGAGGCCGUUUGCCCGCCCUCCAUGGCGCCCCUGGGCGCGCCGCAAUCGGCAAGCUUGUGGAAGCUUCAGCUGGUUCAGAUGCGCUUCAGCCGCGUUGGUGUGCAAAACGUUACUUGGUCAAAAUGGCGCCGCCCGGGCAUAUGA